AGGUCCAUAGACGAAAUGGACGCGAGGUUGGGAUUCGCGAAUUAUGUCAACCGAGGACGAAACAUCUUUUCAUGAUACUACUUUUACGCUGAGUUCGUUCAACGUGCACUGUACCACUGUUCACGCGUUCGCGUCCAAUCUAUGUUAAGAACUUAAAUUUAUACAUACAUAUGGUGAAAGCUCAACCUAAAAUCGAUCCUUCUCUAUCUCCAACCAUGUCCGACGAAACUGCACCAUCCAACGAAAUUCAAAUCAACGUCAAAGGACCCAAUGAACUCAAAUUACAGAUAUCGAUAAGCACCGACAAAACUGUAGCGGAGCUGAAGGAGGCGAUCGCUACACAAUCACAAGUCGAAGCUGACAGGCAAAGACUGAUUUACUCAGGCAGAGUACUGAAGGAUGAAGACCUUCUUUCCGUGUACAAAAUCCAGUCUUCUCAUACAAUCCAUAUGGUCAAAGGUGCAGCACGCUCUGCUGCUGGUUCAAGCUCUACCGCAGCCUCGUCAACACCGGCCGCUCAACCGCUUCCCACCAUGCAAACAGGUCAGAACGUCCACGACCCUCUGACAACUCUCAAUUCGCAUCUUGGUUUCGGUGCCAUGGCUGGUUUAAACCCGUUCGCCGACAUGGGCUUGAAUCCCAACGAUCCUAAUAUGUUACAAACGAUGAUGAAUUCACCUGAGUUCCUGCAACAGAUGUCGAGCAUGAUGUCGAACCCUGCUAUCAUGGAACAGAUCAUUGCCUCUAAUCCCCAACUACAGGCGAUGGGCCCUCAAGUUAGAGAAGCUUUUCAAAGCGAGCACUUCCGUUCACUGCUCUCAAACCCGGAAUCACUCCAAAUGAUGCUUCGUAUGUCAUCAAUGAUGCAAGGAGGCAUGGGCGGAGGUAUGGGUGGUGGUGGCAUGGGUGGUGGCAUGGGUGGUGGCAUGUUUGGCAGCGCACCCAGCUUCCCAGCCCCUGGCACCCCGGGUGGUGCUUCAGCUACUGGAACAACUCUUGGUUCUACUCCCGUUACAGGAACGACCCCAGGUUCUCCCGGAGUAGGCACUGGUGCUGCGAAUCCAUUAGGGAUGUUUGGCAACCCUGCGAUGAUGCAACAGAUGCAGCAGAUGUUUGGUGGCGGCGGCGGAGGCCUUGGAGGGGGCCUUGGAAGUUUCGGAGGAAUGGGUGGCUUUGGAGCCCCCGCUGCCCCCACCGAUUCGAGACCACCAGAAGAACGAUUCCAAGUGCAGCUGCAGCAAUUGAACGACAUGGGCUUCGCUAACGCUGCUCAAAAUGUGCGCGCGUUGCUUGCAACUGGGGGUAAUGUUCAUUCUGCAAUAGAAUAUAUUCUUGGGGGAGGGGGGUUAUAAACGACUCCAGAAUCAAAGCUGUAAGUACUUAGAUGGUGAAUUCAUUUUCGCUGUUGUAUACGUAUUUUAUGUAUGCAUUAUGUAUCUGGUUUGAAUCCGUACGAACUCAUCCGGAAUUCCACACAAACAAUGAACGAUUUGGUAUUGAGUAGGACUGUAACUUGGAGAGUUAAGUUGUAAAUUCCACGUA